ACCUGUUGAAUAAGUAGCAAGAUUUCCCAACCACAUACGCGGAUUGCCAGAUUUACCUAACAGAUGAAAUUUACCAAAAGGUGGAAUAUCGGACUUUGGAGAGCAAGCUGCGUUUCGAAUCCCAUUGAAAAAAUUGUGUUGCAACCUUUCUGUGACCAGUUGUACUUAAGUUUGAAAAUAUCCGCGUUUUGCGUCAAGAUGGAGACAAGUUUGCGCCGCUAGCCAUACGUUACGUGUCAACAUGGACAACUCAGAAGUCGAUGGUUUGAACAAAGAGAUUCAACUCGAUAAAAUCCAUGAAGAGAAUCCUCGAGAUUUGCGGGAUGAAGUCAACACCUCGCAUGGUGAUGAAGAACAGCGAGAGAAAUUGAUACGACUACCCCUGGGAAGAAUAAAAACCAUUAUCAAAAUGGAUCCUGAAGUUUGUUUAGUUAAUCAAGAGGCUACGUUUUUGGUGGCGAAGUCGGUGGAAUUUUUUAUUGAAUCUCUUGCAAAAGAAGCUUAUAAAUAUACUGCACAAGCGAAGAAAAAGACUGUUCAAAAACGUGAUGUAGAAAAUGCCAUUGAUAACGUAGAUGCACUUGUAUUUUUGGAAGGUAUGCUCGAUUAA